AUACCAUGUUUAGCCGGCAGUAUUCACGACCACGUUUGAGACCCAAGUGGACGCCCCGCCACCCCAUCCGCUUGAGGAGCGUUUCCAAGACAUCCAAUUGGAUGAGAUUGAGGUCGAGACCAAUCUCUUCGCGCCCGAAGUGGAGGACGCGGUCAUCAAAAUACAGGCCGGAGUCAGAGGUUAUUUGGUCCGCAAACAGUUGAAGAGUACCCACGAAGACGAUGAAGACACACCAGUGGUUCCGCCGCCCAAACACUUCGAAGACAAUCAGACAUUGAGUCCAUUAAAGGAUUUGGAAAAAUGGAAGAAACUGUCCGAUCAUUUGGAGGAAAAGGUGGCCAUCGAUGGCGAAGACACUGUCAAUAAGCCAGAGGUGAUUGCAGCCGAAGAGCAGUCAUCACACGUCCAGAAAAUUGCCGAUAAAUUAGUGGAAAAUGUGAUUCCAUUGAAGGACAGCAACGAUCACAAAGUCAUCGAGACUUAUGUCUGCAAAGACAAUAUCUUAGACGUGGAACCGCUCAUCGAUGGCAAUGUAUCUUCGGAUAGGGAUGUGCUAUUGAGCAGAGGAUCUCUUUCGCCCCUCAAGACGGCCGCAGAGGACGCAAAAGUGGUCGACAGAGUGUUUAGCGUUUUAAUGGCUGAAACAGAGUUUCACGAAGACGUCGAGACCGUUGCCGCAGAGAUCGCUCCGCAAGAAGUGGUCACCGAAUCCAAGCCUAAGACAACCGAAGAGAUUAAUAACGAGAAGAAUUUGUUGAACGAACCGAUCGUUUCUGAGUCUCAAGAGUCGGAAGUAUUGGCGGAAUUGAAUCAAAUACUCGACAACAACGAGAAGAAUAUGAAGAAUAAUGAACUAAAUGCUGAGGAAGAAGAGGUUGUGUUGAGAUCGGCUGAACUGAUCCAACAAAAUGAGGCCAAAGAAAACAAAGCGAAAGUAAUUGAAAUGGUGUCCGAAAACACUACACAAGAGAUCAUUAGAAACUCAUUUAAAGAAUUUGUCAAAGAGAUGACACAAUCGGCGCCGACGACAGACACUACCGAAGAAGAAGUAGUUUUGAGUCCAAAAGUGACCGAAAGUGCGAUUAUCUCAGCAGUGAUUGAGCCUCCGGUCAAAGAGACGAGAAAAACGGACUCAAAGCUCUUCGAGGAUGAAGUGGUCCGCAGUAUCUUCGGUGACGAAGAGGUGAUCAAAGCCCAGAAUCAGACGCAAGUGUUUGCCAUCGAGUUAUUCAAACAGGACGUCAACGAACAGCAGUUGGAAAAAGUGAUCACAAUAUCGGCGCCCGAAGAGUCAAAGGCCAACAUUGAGGACAGAGUCUACAAGACAUCGGUCGAAGAGUUUGUGAUCAAAGCGCCAGUCGUUGAGCCAAACCCUCCGCUAUCAACGCCGAUACCCACCGAAGUGGUGGACACAUCGCCGGCGGAAUCGUCGCAAACAAUACCACUCUUAGAAACGGAGCGAAUCAUCGAAAUAAUCACAUCCGAGAGUCGGAAGAACUCUGUGGACGAUAUCAUUGACGGCAGCGAUGGUCAGCUGCUGUCGGCUGAGGAUGAGUUGCGUCCGGUGGCGGACACAACGGAAGUGAUUCCCCUCUCGUCGCCGAUCAUACAGAUUGAAGAACAAAACGGACGGAUUCUGGACGAAGAGGAGGCGGCCAUCAGAAUACAGGCCGCCUUCAGGGGCUUCCAGAUCAGGAGAUCCCUGUCGAGGGAGGCGUCGCCCAACAGAUCCACUAAUCAUAACAAUAUCGACAAUAAUAACAAUUCGCAUAAUAAUAGAGAUUUAGGACAUAAUAAUAAUAGCAAUCAUAAUAACAGUGAUAUUACCGAAGAGUUAGCCACAAAUCAAUUGAGCGAUAAUUUACUCAUCGCUGAGAACACGAGUGAACCGCAGAGGACGACAACAGCCGCCGGAUUAAUGACGGCUUCCAACGAACAGAUCAAUACAUCGCUGGAACAACUCGAGGAUCAACUCAUGCAACAGUUGAUCUCUACGGCUGAGGAGGAAGACAGACACCGACCGCCCGUUAAUGUCGAGACGCCGGCGGACCAGUUGUUCGCAACCGAAGAACUGUCGGCACCGCUACUCCUGCAACGGAUCCAACAGUCGGUCGACACUCCCGUCCAACUCAGCGAAGAGUCCGUUGAAUUGCCGCCAGAAUUGGCGUCAUUUGUGACGCAAACCAUCGCCAAAGAGAUCAGUUUAGCCGAAGACAAACCGCUCAUUGAAAAGUCUGACACAAUAAUUGUGGAUCUGUUGUCUUCGUCGCCGCAACAGAAGAACAUAGCCAUUGAAACUCAGGCCAUAAACGACAUCAAUAACAGUCAAGAGAUAAUACCGCCGCUGGAGAUCAAUCCAAACGCCAUUGAUAUUCGCGAACCCGAAGUGCAGACCACUGUCUGUCCGCCGACGCCCUCUCAGAUCACACCCGAAGUGUCUUUCGUACGGCCGGCCGAACAGCCGAUCCUCACGAAGAUAUACUCAUCGGAAUCGGAACAGGAAAGCGAUGCCAUCGUCGCCACCAAAGCCGCCGACAAUAGCCUCCCAUCACUCAUACCUGUCAUUGAUAACGGAAGCGCUAAGACCUCGAAGGGCGGCGCCGGAGACGCACCUAAACGGCCGAACAGGUCUAUCCUUAAGGAGACAGAACCUCAACUCUUCACCGAUGAACAACACAUGGCGUCGGAAGAGAUAUCGAGUCCCGACGACGACAACCCGGAGUUUGUGGGCUUAGGGCCCAACAAUCCGUUCCCGAUUCGGGCCUCGAGUCCCAACCCGUUCGGCAAAAAGCGCCGGAGAGGCAAAAAAGGUGGUCAACGCAAGUGA